GAGAACUAUAGGAGACUGUUUUAAAUUCAAACCCGAUUCGAGAUUCGACUCAACGAUAUCGAUUAUUUUUUACUCUGUUUACAACAAAAGGAACAGUAAACAAUAGAAAGGAACAAUUGAUAGUCGUUUCUCAACGCAAUAAAAUUCGUGCAUUACAUCAUUUAUUAAUUUAUCAUUGAUAACAUUGAACAACCCCGAAAGAAGAUUAUUUCUGGAUACCCGUUGGAAAUUGAGGUUAAAUCCUAUUAACCCGACGUAUCCAGCAGAGAAACGACGCUGAGAAACAGUAGAUUAAUUGUAGAAACAGUGAAGUAAUUUUAAUUAGAAAAAUGGCAUUGACUAGAGAACGGCGUGCAAACGCCGGUAGCAAAAUGGCAAAAUUGUUGAACGAGGAGGAAGAGGAUGAUUUUUAUAAGACAACUUAUGGAGGUUUUGAAGAAGUAGAACAGGAUCAUGAUUACAUGGAAGAGGACGAAGCUGAGGAUGAAGUUGAUUCAGAUUUUAGCAUAGAUGAGAACGACGAGCCGAUUUCUGAUAACGAACAAGAAGAACGUGAGAAAAAGAAGCGUGGAGUAGUGACGAAGGCUUAUAAGGAGCCAAAAGUCCAGUCGCAGCAACCACCGAAGGAGAAGAAAGUACGCCAACCGAGACAGAGAAUCUUCAUUGAGAGCAGUGAGAGGAAAUCUAUACGUCGUUCGACGGCUGCAAAAUCUGCGGCCACCCGGAAGAGACUAAACGAAAGAAAUGAGCAUCAAAAGAGAAAAACGCGUGUCAUGAGACACGACACUUGGAAGCCCACUCAGGAGGAAUUAUUAGAGGAAGCGUUGCAAACGGAACAAGUCAACAUGAAAUCUUUAGAGAAGUAUCAGAAGCUGGAAAAUGAAAAGAAAAACACGAGGACGGUGAGGAAGUCGCAGACAGAGCCGAUGAUUAGGUAUCAGUCAUUAGCGAUGCCUCUUAUGAUACUUUCAGAGGUGAAUCAUGAUAAAGAAGACGAUAGGAUCAAUAUCGACGAGGACGAUGAGAAGAGCGUUAGUUCGGAAAAUAAACAAUCGGAUGACGCCAACGAGGAAAGCAUGACGAUAAAGACUGAGAGUGACGCGAAAGAAGUUAGUAAAAAGCACAAAAACAAAUAUUACUACGAACAAACUAAGGGAUACUACGAGAGGACGUUCAUCACGUUUGAAAACGAACAAUUGUUCUCUCAGGCUUUCAAGAAACCAUCCACGACUCCGAGGCCACCGAUGAAGUCUUUAUGUGCAAUCACAAGGCUGCCAGCGAAAUAUCUGGACCCCAUGACUCAUUUACCAUAUAAGAACGUACAAACGUUUCGGUUAUUACGUGAGGCGUAUUACCAGCAGCUGGAGGCCCGAACGGACAUCAACGACACGUCGCAGAGUCCGGAAUUGUUGCGUUGGCUCGAGUGGAGGCAAAAGAGUCAUGGCGGACUCGCUCAGAGGAACACGGUUCGCCUCGAGCCAGCCUCCGCCACGAUGCCCACGUAACGACCCGUCUCAAAGAUUCGCCUAAACGCAGACUGAUAAUUGAACGACAAAAGUGGCUUUGAGAAAGAGCAGCUUGUAAAUAAUAGUAUAAUUUAUUAAUACGCGCUGUGUGAAUUGCAGCCGUCUUAAAAAUAACAUACACCUCUGUAUUUAUACAAAGCUGUAACGAUACAAUACUUCUUACGGAACGAAAGUUGUACGGAACACACGGUACAUCUGUGUUCGAAGCAAAACAGUGGU